CAUGUACACCCAGUGUUGCUCCACCUCCUCCCCCUAGAAUCACAUUUAUCUCAUUGUCUCUCUCCAGCAUCACAGAAGGGAAGCGGUGCCGGGAUCUCACACUCCAUUUUGUCCUCCUUAUCAAGACAGACAUCAUGGAAAAGGGUGAACGACCCCCCCCAACAAUGACAAGUGCACCAGCACCGCCAUACCCAGGCCCCCCUGUUGACUACUACAUGGGGGCCAAUAUGAACCCUCCUCCGCAUUUUGUCCAGCCUGUUCGCCAACCUGCUUACCAUUACUCCCCGCAACAACCUCAGACCGUGAUGCCUGUGACUCAGGUGGUGGUGGUGCAGCAGAGGCCAACUGAUUCCCCUGGACAGAUGGUGUGUCCUCGCUGCCAAACCACUGUUCUCACUAACAUCGUGUACAAAAAUGGUCUCCUCACUUGGCUAAUCUGUGGCAUACUCGGAGUCUUCUUGUUCUGGCCUUGCUGUUUUAUCCCCUUCUGUGUGGAUGCUUGCAAGGAUGUGGAGCAUACCUGCCCCAUCUGUAACACUGUCCUGCAUAUCCAUAAACGCACAUGAACCCAUCUAAACUCUGAAGUAACACCAGACCAAUAAACCAAAGAUGAUCAAACUGUA